GUUGAGUGACGGACGUUCCGUUAUCAAUCGUAGCCGCAAUUUCGGAAACAGCCUCAAAUUCGAUCCUCGUCAUCCAGACGAUUUCGUGAAAGAAACUGCACUCCUGUCUCGGCUGAAUCAGUUACAUUGCAGAUUUCCAGGGCCGCAGUUAUUGAAGUGUAUGAAUGAGUCAAGUUAAGAUUGAUACAAUGGCUGGCAUUGCAUCCCUGGUGGACUACGGUGGAGAGGACUCUGAUGCAGACUCAGAAGAGGAAACCAACAAAGAUAUGAAAGAACAAGGUCUGGUGUCCUAUGGCACUGAUGAAGGCGGACUACAGAAAGUAGCAGCAGAGGCUGGUGAGGGAGGCGAGAUACAAGACAUUGAUAUAAUCAGUGAUGAUGAAAUGCCACAGAUUAAGGGGCUGGCCAAGGUUGCAGAUGAUUCCAUAUUCAUGGCGUCUGUUAACUCCGAGUCGGCGGUAGCAUUAUCGGAGAGCAUCAGACGGUCUUGCAGUACGGAUGAAGGAGAUGUAAGAUUACCCCCAGAGCCAUCAGGAAGAUGCUCUAAACAUCUACAGGACAAGAUUAGCAGUUACUACAAGAAAGGGUUCAAUCUGAACCAGGUCCAGACCAGAAAGGACUUCAGAAAUCCAAGCAUUUACGACAAACUCAUCUCCUACCUACGGAUAGAUGAGCUUGGGAGCAACUAUCCGAGUGACGUCUAUGAUUCCCAUGGAUGGGAUGAGAACUCCUACUAUGAGGCACUCGCUAAGGCGCAAAAAGAGGACAUGGCAAGACGAGAAAAGGAAAAGAAAGAACGAACCAAAGUUGAGUUUAAGAUGGGUAUGGCGAGGAAGACGCCCAUUGGAGGGCCAGUAGCAACGAUCAUCCCAACUAUUGGUGUGACGGGUACAACCACAUCAUCCUCAGUAAUGGUUACUCUUCCUACAAUGUCUGCUGUUCAACCAUUGCUCUCAAUCACGACCAGUCACUCACUGUCAGCUACCUCAACAGAUGAACCCGAGAGAAAAAGGAAAUCCAAGUGGGGUGUGGUCCCUUCCGAGGUGACAUCAAGACCCCUCCUCCCUCUGCCCACACCCAUCCCAACAUUCCCAAUAACCAUGAUUCAGAGACCCCAAGUCAGCCUCGUCAACGCCUUAGUAACGAACCCCGUGGGUGUACCGCCCGUCUUCGCUCCCGUGACCUCCGGCAUAAAGACAACCGUCAUUCCAUCAGUGGGUGUCUUAAAGAAACCCAAGACGGACAAAUGAUCCAUCUGUGGGUGUCUUAAAGAAACCCAAGACGGACAAAUGAUCCAUCAGUGGGUGUCUUAAAGAAACCCAAGACGGACAAAUGAUCCAUCAGUGGGUGUCUUAAAGAAACCCAAGACGGACAAAUGAUCCAUCAGUGGGUGUCUUAAAGAAACCCAAGACGGACAAAUGAUCCAUCAGUGGGUGUCUUAAAGAAACCCAAGACGGACAAAUGAUGUCAAGCCUAAAAAACUUCUGAGGAGAUUUUUUAUUGCUGAGCAAAAAAAAUUAAGCCGGCCAUCAGUCGUAACAUUUUAAACUGGAUGAAAUGUUGGCUGGUGACUUGGUUUUUUUUUCUAACCAGGAUUUUUUCUGUGCUUAGCUCAUGACAAACUGAACGUUUUAAAGAGUCGUCUGCUUUUUCCUGAUGUCAGGGUUUUCUUUUAUAUCACGUUCUUUUCAAAGCAUUUUUAUGUAAUGGACGCGCAGUCUGACUCGCUGAACUCGGGCUCUAUCAGCCAAGUUGUCCAGGUGUGGGUUCUAAACGUGUUGUUUUUAAGGUUUUUCCACCUUGCACAUUGAAGCUUCAGGGCCCAAUUUCAUGGCUCUGCUUACCGUAAGCACAGAAUCGGCGCUUACGGAAGCAGAGAAUUCUGU